GGGUCGGUCGCCGUCCGGACACGCAGAGCUCCCCGGGAGGACCUUGGUGGGGAGACCGAGCGGCCGGGCGGAGGAAACCCUGCUCGCCGCCCUCCACACGCUUCAGGGAUGAGUCAUGCCGCGGAGGAGGAAGCGCUCGGGCUGGACCAGCAGUUGGCUGGCCUAGACCUGAAGGCCGGGGCCCAGGCGGCCGGAAGCGCGGCCGGCCAAGAGCGCUACGUGCCCCCUCACCUUCGGAACCGAGAAGCCGCCAGAGGCCCCUGCGGCAGAGACAGCUCCCGCUGGGGGAAAGACAAGGACGCCUACAGCAGCUUUGGGUCCCGCAGCGACGCGAGGGCCAAGUCCAGCUUGUUCGCCGACCGUGGAAGUGGAUCCAGGGGCAGGUUUGAUGAGCGCGGCCGGACCGACUGUGAGGGCCUCGGCGGCCGCGGGGGCAGGAACGGCUUUGGCAAAUUGGAACGCGGCGGGAACAGUCGCUGGUGUGACAGAGCAGAUGAAGACGACUGGUCGAAACCGCUGCCGCCAAGUGAACGCUUGGAGCGGGAACUCUUUUCUGGAGGCAACACUGGGAUUAACUUUGAGAAAUACGAUGACAUUCCGGUUGAAGCCACGGGGAACAACUGCCCUCCGCGUAUUGAGAGCUUCGGCGAUGUUGAGCUGGGAGAGAUUAUAAUGGGGAACAUUGAGCUCACCCGGUACACGCGCCCGACUCCAGUGCAGAAGCAUGCCAUUCCUAUUAUCAAAGAGAAAAGAGACUUGAUGGCUUGUGCCCAAACAGGGUCUGGAAAAACUGCAGCUUUUCUCCUGCCCAUCUUGAGUCAGAUCUAUUCAGAUGGUCCCGGCGAGGCUUUGAGGGCCAUGAAGGAGAACGGAAAAUACGGCCGUCGCAAACAGUACCCGAUCUCCUUGGUCCUGGCGCCGACGAGGGAAUUGGCCGUGCAGAUCUACGAGGAGGCCAGAAAGUUCUCCUACCGGUCUCGAGUUCGUCCUUGUGUGGUUUAUGGUGGUGCUGAUAUUGGUCAGCAGAUUAGGGACUUGGAGCGUGGAUGCCACCUGUUAGUCGCUACCCCUGGACGGCUGGUGGAUAUGAUGGAAAGAGGAAAGCUUGGACUCGACUUCUGCAAGUACUUGGUGUUGGAUGAAGCUGACCGGAUGUUGGACAUGGGCUUUGAGCCUCAGAUACGGAGAAUAGUUGAGCAAGAUACCAUGCCUCCCAAAGGUGUCCGCCACACCAUGAUGUUUAGUGCCACCUUUCCUAAGGAAAUACAGAUGCUGGCUCGUGAUUUCUUGGAUGAGUACAUCUUUCUGGCAGUAGGAAGAGUCGGGUCCACUUCUGAGAACAUCACACAGAAGGUAGUUUGGGUGGAAGAAGCAGACAAGCGGUCAUUCCUGCUUGACCUCCUAAAUGCGACAGGGAAGGAUUCCCUGAUCCUAGUGUUUGUGGAGACCAAGAAGGGUGCAGAUUCUCUGGAGGAUUUCUUAUACCAUGAAGGAUAUGCUUGCACCAGUAUCCAUGGAGACCGCUCUCAGAGGGAUAGGGAAGAGGCCCUUCACCAGUUCCGUUUAGGAAAGAGCCCAAUCCUCGUGGCUACAGCGGUUGCAGCAAGAGGACUCGAUAUCUCAAACGUGAAACACGUCAUCAAUUUUGACUUGCCCAGUGAUAUUGAAGAAUACGUGCAUCGCAUUGGCCGCACGGGUCGUGUGGGAAACCUUGGCCUUGCCACGUCCUUCUUCAAUGAGAGGAACAUAAACAUUACUAAAGAUUUGCUGGAUCUUCUUGUUGAAGCGAAACAAGAAGUACCAUCUUGGUUAGAAAACAUGGCUUUUGAGCACCACUGCAAGGGCAGCAGCCGUGGCCGUUCAAAGAGCAGAUUUAGUGGUGGCUUUGGUGCCAGGGACUAUCGACAAAGCAGCGGGGCCAGCAGUUCCAGCUCGAGCAGCAGCCGCACUGGCAGCAGUCGCAGUGGUGGGGGUGGCCACAGCAGCAGAGGGUUUGGUGCCAGUGGCUAUGGAGGCUUUUACAGCAGUGAUGGAUAUGGAGGAAAUUAUAGCUCCCAGGGGGUUGACUGGUGGGGUAACUGAGCCUGCUUUUCCCUGGGCCACUCUACCAAACAAGAAAGUAUAGAAACCAAGCAUAACUUAGCCAGACUAUACCUUGUAUAGUUUCAAGAGCUCACAGCCCAUUACCUCCUGUGAUUCCCCACCGAAUAUUUUUAAGGGAGCUUAAGGUCAUAAGAUGUAAGGGACACGCAGCAGCCCCAUUCAGAAGGUGGUUUGAAGACUUCAUUGUUGUAGUUUGGUUUAACACUCCUACCCAUCCUAAACUGCGUUUAUAAUUUCACAACUAAGGAUCAUUUGCUAGUGUCCUGUGCCUCUAAUUUUAGACAACUUUUAUUCUGAUGGCCUGUUGGCUCAGUAAUGCUUAAGAAAGCGAUUGUUUUUUCAAAAUAAAUUUU